CGCCUCGGGCUGCUGGGACCAGUUGGAGGGUGCCCCGGGACCACCCGGGAAAAGCUGGUGGUCCGAGGAGCGGGGUUUGGUUUCGCGAGCCCGGCCGAAGGAGGGGAGACCUGGCGGCCGAGGGGAGCCCUUCAGCGGGCGAGGGUGCGGGAGGCUGGUGGCGUUAUGGUUAACACGCGUCUAUUAUUCUUCGGAGCCGGCAGCCUCCCGGGCUCCCACAGGACCUUAUCUGACAUCGGAGGUUUCUCCUCUCAUCCUGACCCACUGGUGAUUUGCAGCGGGUGGUAUUCAGCCCGUCUUUCACGUGCACUUUUGCUCCCUAAACUCUACCUUUGACGCUGUAACCGAAAUAAAAGGCGGUUCGUAAUUUUGUGCGCAAUGAUGUUCCCUUAAAAAAUGUCACUUAGAAGUCCAGCAUCCUCAGAAUAUCCCGGUAGUGUUUUUUGGUUGGUUGGUUGGUUGGUUUUUGUCUGAAAUUCGGAGCUAUGGUGGGGAGAGAGCCGAAAAACAGUGAGCCUUUUAAACUUCACGCAGCGUUUGUCAUGUGAAAUCUUCAGCUGUUGAGAAAUAAUUUUGAGCCAGAUGGGCUUAUUUUAAAUGGGCAUCUUUUUGUCUCAAAGGCAUCUGCAAAUCUCCAUUGAGAACACCCCUGGAUGAGAUUGUCGGCUGCUGGAUGCUGGGGGGUGUCACGUAGGGGCUGUUUGCCUACAAAUUGGAACAGUCCAGCCCUUAUUCUGCUAGUGUGCAAACGGAUUUCCUCCGAUGCAUUUUUCUGUCCCCCAAGUCUCUCUGAAACCAACAAGACUGGGGUUAUGAAGUCAAUCCUAGAUGGCCUCGCAGAUACAACUUUCCGAACAAUCACGACAGAUCUCCUUUACGUGGCCUCCAACGACAUCCAGUACGAAGACAUGAAAGGCGACAUGACAUCCAAGCUGGGGUACUACCCCCAGAAGUUCCCUCUUUCCUCCUUCAGGGGUGAUCCUUUCCAAGAAAAAAUGACUACAGGAGAUGAUCCCCUGUUGAGCAUUAUUCCCUCAGAUCAGGUCAACAUCACAGAGUUUUACAACAAGUCCCUGUCCACACUUAAGGAUAAUGAGGAUAAUAUACAAUGCGGGGAGAACUUUAUGGAUAUGGAGUGCUUUAUGAUCCUGAACCCCAGCCAGCAGCUGGCCAUCGCUGUGCUGUCGCUCACCCUGGGCACCUUCACGGUCCUAGAGAACCUCCUCGUUCUGUGUGUCAUCCUCCACUCCCGAAGUCUCCGGUGUAGACCCUCCUACCAUUUCAUUGGCAGCCUGGCUGUGGCCGACCUCCUGGGCAGUGUCAUUUUUGUCUACAGUUUUGUGGAUUUCCAUGUUUUCCACCGGAAGGAUAGCCCCAACGUCUUCUUGUUCAAACUGGGUGGAGUUACAGCCUCCUUCACCGCCUCCGUAGGUAGCCUUUUCCUCACGGCAAUAGACCGAUACAUAUCUAUACACAGGCCACUAGCUUACAAAAGGAUUGUUACCCGACCAAAGGCUGUCGUAGCAUUUUGUGUGAUGUGGACCAUUGCUAUUGUAAUAGCCGUUCUUCCUCUGCUCGGCUGGAACUGCAAAAAGCUCAAUUCUGUUUGUUCGGACAUAUUCCCUCUCAUCGAUGAGACGUACCUGAUGUUCUGGAUUGGGGUCACCAGCGUCCUCUUGUUGUUCAUUGUCUAUGCCUACAUGUACAUACUGUGGAAGGCUCACAGCCAUGCUGUUCGCAUGCUUCAGCGGGGCACGCAGAAAAGCAUAAUCGUUCAGUCAACAGAGGAUGGUAAGGUACAGAUCACUAGGCCUGAUCAAACUCGUAUGGACAUCAGGUUAGCCAAAACCUUGGUCCUUAUUCUAGUCGUUUUAAUCAUAUGCUGGGGCCCUCUCCUCGCCAUCAUGGUGUAUGAUGUCUUUGGGAAAAUGAACAAGCUUAUCAAGACUGUCUUUGCCUUCUGUAGCAUGCUCUGUUUGCUGAAUUCAACAGUGAAUCCCAUCAUCUAUGCUCUGAGGAGCAAGGACUUGCGACAUGCCUUCCGCAGCAUGUUCCCCACCUGCAAAGGAACGGCACAGCCCCUUGAUAACAGCAUGGAGUCUGACUGCCAGCACAAACAUGCCAACAACGCGGGGAACGUGCACAGGGCUGCCGAGAGCUGCAUUAAGAGCACAGUUAAGAUUGCCAAAGUUACCAUGUCUGUCUCCACAGACACAACUGCUGAAGCAUUGUAAGUCAGAAACUUCUCAGCUUGGGAGAGAAGGAGUUAGUUUAAAAAAAAAAAUCAACAACAGAGAAAACCAAACCCAUGGCUUAACGUGUUUGUACCCUCCUGUAAUAUUUUUUGGUUUGUCAUUGUAAGCUGAGCAAUGAUUGUGUUAAGAGCAUUACCAUCAGCCAGUUCUUCAGGUUUUACAAUUAGGUGUUCAAGCUAAAUUUUCACAAGUUUUUUCUCAAAAAGUGUUUACUGAAUAAUAAUGUUUCCUGAAAGAGCACAGAGAAAAUACCAGAUUAGCAAUGGUUUCUUUUGGAGUGUGAAGAAAAAUUGUGAAACCUAAUUGAAAAAUAACGCAUUCUAAACCAAUACCAUCAAAUAAGAAAAAAAAGCCUUGUAAUCACGAUGUUCAUUUCCAUGUGAAGUGUAUUUCAUGUCUGUAAUAGGAGUUUCUGAUUUUUUCCAAACGCGGCAGUGCUGAGUUUUAGAGGUUUUGUAAAAUGUGUCGUGUCCUGUGAAUUGUAUGCUGUUUUAUUGCGUGUUAUUGAUAUUUGUCUAAUUAAACAAAGUGAUAAGGUAGACUUCUGUGAAAAUAAUGUGAAACGUGAUAUGUAAACCCCAUUGAAAACACUUACUGUAUUUGAAGAAUUCCUAUGAAGUUUUAUACUUUUAGUGGUCUUCUGUGGACUUAGAGGAGAGGCUUUGUGUUCUACUAAAAUUAUUUCCCAACUACCUUUUAUUUUCACAUGCAUAUGAGAGUAACAGCAACAUAGGAAUAGAGGAGGAAUAUGAGAAAGGAAAGCACUGGUUCAGACUUUUAAAUACCACUGCAUUUAUGCAGAAGGAUGUUUAUGGUUGCAUAGACUACUGCCCCGCUCUUGGGUGUUGCGUGAAUACGAACACUGAAAAGCAAAUGUCCCGGAUAUUGGCUCCUUUAAUGGGUAACUGGUUUUAAGCCACGUGCUGGUGCUGGACCACUGAAGACAGCAUGUGUCAGACUCAAAGUGCCAUGUUAUCACUGUGCAGUUGAUGUAUAUUUGAAGUGUGUCACAUUCCUGUAUCCCAGGUUUAAGCAGAUUCAGAGCCUGAGAUGCCAAACUUCCGUCUUCACUAAAAGAGGAGGAAAUAUUGUCAGACUUAGACAUUUUCUUAUUGUGUGAGCGUGUAUAUAAAUAAAUAUCUGUGUGUGUACGUGUGUUUGCGUGUGCGUGUGUGUGUAAGUAUACUAAUCAGUGUGAGUCAUGGUAGCAUAACUAAGAUAGGACACUAUAACCAAAUGUAACUGUAUUUCUUGUUGCACGCUUUGCACAUGAAUUCUAUUUCUAAAAUUGAGUUCUUCCAACUGAUUACUGAUGAAAGUACCAUAUUAAGAACAUCUCGAUCCACUCUGAGAUGUAUAUCAAUGUAUCAGAGAAAGCAACCUUUCAGUUGCUCUUGGGAAUAAGGGGAAAAAAGAGGCAGAGCAUGGAAUGAACCCGCACUGACAACUGCUGUGGCUGUCAAUGGUGUUCCUGAAAACUGAGAAAGCCAGAAGUAAAUGAUAGUUUGUUUUAAGGCUGUCAGUAGUCAAAUCUGAAAUGAGGUGAGUCUUGAAAUGAGGUGAGUCUUGCUGAAACCAGUAACAAGGUUUGACACUACCAGCUGCAAGGAAGAAGCUAUUGAAGGAAGAUGGUGACUCUGUUCCAUGGUGGGAUAGUUUCUGCCACCUGAGACUGUCACAAGGAACAUAUUAUGAGAUAGUCUUUGAGGCAUGGAUAUUCUGUAAUUCUGUUCUGAGUCAGAAGGUCUAGGGUCCUCUUCUCUGCUGCCUUGCUUUUUUGGACUGUUCCCUCACCCUUCUGACUGAUUUCUGCCAAAAUAGCUGCAAACACAGCUUAGCCUUCUAGUGGCCUGACACUUGCCACAACAGGGGUGACUUUCUCCAUGGCACAGGGUGAGUGGAACAAAAUCCACGCUGCCCUGCCACUCGUCGUUGGUCUUACGUAGAGGGGGAGGGAGGGCAGCAGCCCAGGGUCUCUGGCUGCCAUGACAUUCCUGGGACAUUUCUAAUGCCUCAGUGCAGGCCAGAGCAGCCCAGCCCAUUUCAGCCAGUGACUCUGCAGGGAUGCAAGUGGCUCCAAGUUCAGGCUUGAUGAGUGGUGACAUUUCAAAGAUCAGAUCAGGUCACAUUCUGAGCAACAGCUGGAAGAGGCAGGGGUACUUUCCUCCUCCACCCACCUCCCCCUGCAGCUUACUUGGGUGAGAGGGCAGGGCACCAUGCUCUCAAGAGGCCCACCACACUCAGCCAAAACCUGUGUAUUGCAGAGGACUCCCAGAGGUUGUACAAGUCCUCCUGAAAGAUCUUUCUUAUAUCUAGGUCUAAUCCAUUCUAAAGAAGUCCUCUGGGAGGAGGAGGGGAAAGCCCAUUUGAAAUGUAAAGGUAUUUUAAGAGCCAUUUUUGAAACUGUCUUCUUGUGAAUUAAAUGCAAACUUUGUGGACUUUCAUUGUGCAUUCACGUUCUAAAUUUUACGUGAUAAGUCAUGGGACAAUGGGGCUGUCUUGGCACUUAACUUGGUGCUUACUGAUAUAAUAAGAAAUAGCAUCCUGUGAAACGUUAGUGUCUAUCAUCAUCAUUUAUUUGCAUAAUGAGUUUUUCUAAAGCUCUGGGAACUGCAUCGGUUCACUUAGAACCAUUUAUUAAGAGGCGGCAACAAUUUCCUUACAUGUUGCACACUAAGUAGAACUAUUCUUUCAUUAGAAAAAUCUGCUGCCGUUCCAAGAAAAGCUGUACUUAAACUUCAGCUUUAGGUAUUCCUACUUUGCAGUUGCCUACCCUCACUAAGUGAUAGCACAGCCAAACGAUUUUGUGUUCCAUGGCCACCCACACCAUCAUCAUCAACCAACCAACCCUUGUUGCAGUUACGUCUGUGUACUGACUCCAAGUGUCACGUAUCUACCGAGAAGACCAUCUGUGUCACAUGCGUGCAGAGUUAGAUUCUCAACAGUCUGAUUGUAUAUUUGUAUAAUAUAAUCUCCUCAAUGCUGUGCAAUCACUAUCCACAUCUUCUUGCACUGGCCUUUUGAUGAAAAUUUUAGUAUGUCUGUUGUGAGAUAGGCAGUGCAUUUUACCUGCUGUUAUUGGGUUGAAUGUAUGUAAAUAAGUGAGAAAAAGUCAUCUGUACAAGCAGUGGCCUAAAAAGUCUGCAAUUGUAGACUAGGAAAAUUGUUGAAGUUGCUGUGACAUCUCAAAUACUACCUUUGAAUAAACUGUUUCCAGGGUCUCUUGGGAUGCUAUUUCAUAGUGAAAGGAAAAUCUUUCCUUGUGAGAAUAUGAGGUAAAGAAAUAGAAUUACCUGAGUUUUUUAUUUCCAGUGUUUUGAAGUGGAGAACAUAACUCUUUAUUGUCUGUAAAUCUAACAUUAUUACUUCCUCUUAGAAGAAUAUUGUAUCAUUAGAUGUUUGUUUCAGCUGGUAACAUCCUUGCAACUGUUGGAAUAUUUUUCAUUAGCAACCUGUAUAAUAGUUUGUACACAAGUACUGUUCAGAUUGUCAUGAAAAGUAGUUUUGACCAUUUACCUACCAGUAGCAGAAUAGUAUUUCUGUAAGAUUUUCAGUGUAUUCCUACCAUAUCAUAUUUUAUUUCUAUAAUGUAAUUAAACUGUUAUUUAUUCAAGGACAAAAA